AUGUCUAACGAGAAACAAGAUGAAAACCAUGACAAACGUCAAAGAAGACAAAAAAGGAAACAAGAAAAUAAACGUAAAAACAUUCUAAACGCUUGUAGCUGUUGUAGGAUAAAAAAGACAAGGUGUACCGGCGGAGCUCGGUGUGAUUGUUGUACUCGAAACAAUCUAGUGUGUUUUUAUCCAACUCCAAAGAAGCGUGGUCCGAAACAUCGCCAGGAUAAUAUUCAUAAUGCGCAAAAAAAUGACGCAAUUAAUCAUCUUUCUAAGAGAAUUAGUAACGUUGAAGAUAUGCUUAGUAAAG